AAUUUCAAGAAAUUAAAUCAAACAACACAUUAAGAUUAGAAAUUGGAAAGUUAAAGAAUGCAACUGGUGUUUUGUGUGUUCAGAAGUAGUAGAAACGAUCAAGUAUUUAUAGAGUUAUGAUAGUUGGUUUCGGAAGAAGAUAAUGGAAGCAAAGCUAGAGGUUGUAGGCAGAGAAGUCAUCAAACCUGCUUCACCCGCACCUCAUGAUCGCCUUCAACUGUCUUUCUUUGACGUCUCAUGUCCUGCAGUUUACGUUUCAACAAUCUUCUUCUACCAAUCUGUUGCCGGUGGAGAGUCGCCGGAGAUCAUCUCCGGAAAGCUUAAAAGCUCUUUAUCGGAGACUCUGUCACGUUUCUAUCCUCUAGCGGGAAGAAUUGAAGGCUUCUCCAUCAGCUGCAACGACGAAGGAGCCGUGUUCACCGAAGCACGUACUGAUCUCCUUCUCUCCGAUUUCCUUAGAAACAACCUCGAUGAUACCAACAAUCUUGGAGAAUUUCUCCCAACAAUUGUACCAGGAGAAUCUGCUGGGACAUGGCCAUUGUUGAGUGUUAAGGUCAGUUUCUUCGGAUCCGGAUCAGGAGUUGCGGUCACUGUGGCUAUAUCUCACCAAAUCUGCGACGCAGCCUCGUUGUUAACCUUUAUCCAAAGCUGGGCUACAGCAAAUGGUGAGUCUAAUGACAUAGCGGUGACUACUCCUCAUUUUACAGGAGCUACCAUUUACCCUCCUCCCCAUAACUCUUUCCAGGCUGCUUCAAUGGAAGAUCUUUGCGGGCUUAAAGGCAAGUGUAUUACCAAUAGAUUCGUCUUCAAAUCCUCUAAGAUUGCUGAUCUCAAACGGAAGGCCGCUAGCGAGAGCGUUCCGGUACCUACACGUGUGGAAGCCAUCACAUCACUUAUCUGGAGAUGUGCCACAAAUGCCUCACGCUCUAACUCGGUCGCUGCAAAGUCAACGCUGAUGACUCAAUCCAUGGACUUGCGGCUGAGGAUUCCCCCGAAUGUUUUGUCACGAGACGCAAUUGGUAACCUACAGUCGGCAUUUUUUCUCAAGGAAGGCGCAGAGAGCGAGAUGGAAAUUGGGAAAAUCGUUGCCGAGUUUAGAAAGGCCAAGGAAGGUGUCAACGAGAUGAUCGAAGAGAAUCUCCAAGGCUACAAUACUGCAGGUGCCAUAACCGAUACCACACUUGGUCAGAACUUGUUGAGUGUUAUGGGAAAUUUCUUUUCAGAGUUAAAACCGGACAUAGACUUAUACACAAUGUCUAGCUGGUGCAAAAAACCUUUCUACAAGGUUGACUUUGGAUGGGGUACUCCGGUAUGGGUAGGAUCCGCUUCACAUACCAUCUAUGACAACAUGGUCUAUGCCAUGUUAAUGGAAUCAAAGGAUGGUGAAGAUGUAGAAGCUUGGGUAGGCUUACCCAAACAAGACAUGCUCAUGUUCGUUCGUGACCAAGACUUGCUUACUUAUGCGGUCCUUAAUCCUCCAGUUCUGAUCUAAACCAGUGACCAAUAUCUUAAAGUCUGGUCAUGAAUAUCCAAGAUUGAACUAUGCUUUGAUUUAAUUAUUAUUUUGCUUUUGCAUUUUGUUGUGAUUUCAAUAAAGAGAACAAUCAUUU